AUGCAACCUACUACAACUUUCAGAGGUAAAAACCUUCUGUUAUCAAUAAUUAUCUUAUUUUUAUUCACGAUAUUCAUAGUAAUCAUUGUUGCUACUGCUGGAUCUACAGCAAACUAUAAACCUCUAACUAACAUCUAUAUAGGUGAUGCUGAUAUUUCUCACAUUAAUGUAACGAAAAUUAUACCUGCCGUUGGUCCAAUAUUAGUGAUCAUGGGUACAGCUUUAACGGCACCAAAUAGUUCUUUGGAUGAAAUUUUCGGAUCAUUGAAAGAAAUUGCUGACACUCCUGCAUUAACUCCAUUAUUAACUUUAUUGUCAAACGCUGAAGAUGUGGAAAAUUCCAUAAUUGCAUUAAGUGAUUUGGCUCCAUUGGCUUUAAGUGGUAAUCCUGUAUCAGAUACUAAGGAAUUAACUGAAAUUAGUGGAUUAUUAUCUGUUUCAAAUAAUGAUACUGGUACACUUACUGGAUUAAGUGAAUUGGUCUUACCUGCUAUGGCUCAUUUGAAUUCAAGCUCUUCUUCUAGUGCAUCUGAUGAUAGUACGACAAUUGUCAUGACGUUAUUGAAUGAUUCCAUAGAUCCAUUAAAUUCCACUAUAUCCUUAAAAUAUUUAAAUGGCCUAACGCCAGAUGAUAAAGUUAUGAUGCUACCUGUCUUUAGAAUAUUUGGUAGUUCCGAUAAUAUAACAAUGACUUUACAAUCUUUAGAAGGUAUAAUGAAUGCUGAUCCACCUAUCCCACCUCAAUUGGCAUCCACUUUAUUGACUACCAUUCAGAGUGGAUUGGAGAGAUCAGAUAAUUUAACUGCCGUUUUAUCAUCCAUUGGUUCUUUAGUUCCAGAUGCUCAAAGAUCUUCAUUCAAUUCUGUGGGUCAGUUACUAAAUGCUUCAAGUUCUCCAAAUAAUACCUUAAGCAUAUUAUCAGAUUUAAUUGAAGAAAAUAUUACAGAAUCUCAAGUGGCUAAAAAUUCAUUUGGAGAAUUAACAAGUUUAAUGAUGAAUUCAAAUAAUAAAUCAAUGGUAGUACAAUCUGUCCAAAGUCUAGCCAUGGUUCCAAAUACAACUGAAGCAGAUAUGCAAUUAGAUGCAUUAACAACGAUGUUGAGAUCAACAGAUAAUCAAAACGCAACUGUAGAUACACUUGCCACACUAAGUUCCGGUUUAAGUCCAAAUAGUUCCACUUUUGAGUAUAUCCCAUCAUUAUUCCAAUUGUUAGGCGCUUCUAAGGAACCAGGAGAAAGUUUUAGUUCCUUAGUUACAUUAACAGCAUGGGCUCAACAAAAUCCAGAAACAUUCACACCGAUCGUUGCCAUUUUAAAUUCUGCUGAAAGCGUAGAACAAAUCUCUGAAGAGGCAUUAACGGUUAUGACACCAACUUUAUUAGAAUUUUUGAAAAUUCCAAUCCAUUUCCGUUUAUCCAUUUUCAGUCUUUGUAAAGCUAACUUGAAAAAUGAGAUAAUUGAAUGUUCAUCACCACAUGCAGUUCAAAAUAUGGAUUUCAGACAUAUCGUUUACGAUGCAUUAAUGGAUUCUGAUUUCGAACCAUAUUUAAGAGCUUUAAAUAUUACAGCAGAUUCAUUACAAUUAGAUGGUAGAUUACAAGAUAGAGAACAUGAAUAUGUCCCAUCUAUUAAAGCUGUCCUCGCAAUGAAUCUAUUAGCUAUAAUUACUUCUUUCUUCACAAUGAUUUUCUUAUUCCUAUUGAUUUUCUUAAGAAGGUUCAUUGUUCAUAAGACUAUGUGGUUCUGUUCAUUAGUUUUAGUCCUCUUUGUUGGAUUGUUCACUGGGUUGGGUGCCACAAUUUGUCAAGUUGUUGUAUCUAUCAUUAAAUCUGGUACCCAUCAUGAUAGAUAUGGUGUUGUCUUCUCAGCUGGCAGUGCAUAUUUUGGUUGUGUUUGGACUGCCUUUGCAUUAGCAGUUGUGUCUAAUUUCAUCAUGUUAUACAUUGUUUGGAAUAUGGCUGAAGCCUUAUUAGGUAGAACUUUCUUCAGGAAACGUACUAGUACUAGAACUGAUAUCGAACAAGGUGAUGGAGAAGAAGAUGAAGAGUACGAUGAAGAAAUUCCAAGCAGGGUUGUAGUUGACGAUGAUGCUAUUGUAAGGACAGGUAAGAAAGAUGAUGUGGAAAAUGCAAGUAAUGGAAGUUCUGGUAGCAGAAGUGGUAUUGAAGCAGAAGAAAAACUACCUCCUACGACUAAUGUUAUGACAGCUACGACUGCUGUAUCUGGAGCGGAACGUGCUUCUGAUAGUGCAAGCAAUGAAGAAGAAAUUGUGAAUGAGAAAAAUGUUAAUGCGUACGAUUAA